AUGCUCAGACAAUCACGGCGUCUUUUCUGCACGUCUCAGCGGGUGCUCAAGAAGCGAGAGUCGCCCCUUCAGACUGCCUUUGGCAACGAUGACCCCUACGAUGACGGUUUUUUCCACAUUGGCGGCAACAACUACAAGGUCAAGAACCCCAUCAAGCCCUCCACUUUGAACAUUCCCAAACGAUGGCCCAAGAUGGCCACCGACGAGCAGCAGGAUGUCGUCGAUUACCUGGAGGAUCAGAUGCGUGGAGACUGGAAGAUUAUGACUCCUGAGGAGAAGCAAGCUGGUGAGUAUGGAAGGGGAGAACAGACACUAAGGGUAUGA